GGCGGGUCUAUAACGGAUACACAAACACAAACACCAUACUUGACCUAACUCAUUGGCCGCAGCGAGAAGGAAAGUGCGCGUGCUGUCGGAACGUGUGUGUUCAACUCGUGCAGACUGACUUUUACUGCCAUGGCGACCGACAUCGUCCUGCUGGUGAAGGGUCUGGCGAAGCUGAGCCAGGCAGUGCUCGAGACCCAGGCGAGCUCUUUGAGCCGCGGAGGAGCCAUGACGGCAGAGCAGGCCAUGAGCGUGGCUAUGCAGAAAAUACAGGAGUUUACAGGCCAGAAGCAGAGCACCACCGACUUCAGCUCAGGGUUAGAUGAUCAGUACGCUUUCUCCAGUGAGGAGGGUUACGGCGAAGGAGUGAUGCAGAGAGAGCAGCGUGACGACACCUCCACAGACGCCGGAGUGGAAAGCACUGGAACGUCUCAGAACUCGCCGUUCAAAUCCAAGGUGUUCGAUCGCUAUCAGGAUCCGACGAAGCAGUUCACAGGGACUCGCUCGUAUCACCAGGAUCACUCGUCUGUAGGCGGACUCACGGCCAAAGACAUCAACAAGGCUCGGGAGGCCAAGCGGAGCAUCAGCAAACCACAUAAACAAAUGCUGAGUGAAAGAGCGAGAGAGCAAAAGGUUCCUGUGACACGGCUUGGAAGACUGGCUAAUUUUGGAGGCCUCGCAGUGGGUCUUGGCAUUGGAGCGCUGGCUGAAGUGGCCAAGAAAAGCCUGCGUCCAGAGGAAAAGAACGGAGACAAAAAGGCGGUUUUGGACUCCAGCCCUUUCCUGUCUGAGGCCAACGCAGAGCGAAUCGUCAGGACGCUGUGUAAAGUGCGUGGCGCGGCGCUCAAACUGGGGCAGAUGCUCAGCAUUCAGGACGACGCUUUCAUCAAUCCUCACUUGGCAAAGAUCUUUGAGCGUGUUCGUCAGAGCGCAGACUUCAUGCCCAUCAAGCAAAUGAUGAAAGCUCUGAAUAAUGACCUGGGCCCAAACUGGAGGGACAAACUGGAGAUGUUUGAGGAGAGACCCUUCGCUGCUGCCUCCAUCGGACAGGUUCAUCUGGCCAGAAUGAAGGAUGGACGAGAAGUAGCUAUGAAGAUCCAGUACCCCGGGGUCGCACAGAGUAUCAACAGUGAUGUGAACAACCUGAUGACGGUUCUUAGCAUGAGCAACGCUCUGCCUGAAGGUCUGUUUCCAGAGCAUUUGAUUGAAGUGAUGCGACGAGAGCUGGUGCUGGAGUGUGAUUAUAUCCGGGAGGCAGAGUGUGCCCGCAAAUUCAAGAAGCUCUUGAAAGAUCAUCCCUUCUUCUACGUGCCUGAAGUGAUUGACGAGCUAAGCAGCCAGCAUGUUCUUACCACUGAGAUGGCCCAAGGCUUCCCUCUGGAUCAGGCUGAGGGACUCACACAGGAGCUCAAAAACGAGAUUUGUAAGAACAUUCUAGUUCUCUGCCUGAGAGAACUCUUUGAAUUUCAGUACAUGCAAACAGACCCCAACUGGUCCAACUUCCUGUAUGACCCACAAACCCACAAGAUUGCUUUGUUGGACUUCGGUGCAACCCGAGGCUUCGAUGAAAGUUUCACAGACCUCUAUAUAGAGAUCAUUAAAUCAGCUGCAAAUGGGGACAGAGAAGGUGUAUUGAAGCAAUCGAAAAAUAUGAAGUUCCUCACUGGAUUUGAGUCUAAGGCGAUGCAGAACGCCCAUGUGGAUGCAGUGAUGAUUCUGGGUGAAGCGUUCGCCUCUGAUGAGCCGUUCAAUUUCGGAGCUCAGAGCACAACAGAGCGCAUCCACAGUCUCAUCCCCGUCAUGCUGAAGCAACGGCUCACGCCUCCUCCUGAGGAAACCUACUCGCUGCACCGUAAGAUGGGUGGCUCCUUCCUCAUCUGCUCACGCCUGAACGCCAAGCUGAGCUGCAAAUACAUGUUUCAGCAGGCGUACAGCAACUACUGGAGCAAACGGCAGAAGGUGUCCGGCCAUCAGCACUAAGCUGAUCACGUGAGUCAGGAGUCGGUGGUGCAGCUCAGUGUCUAAUGAGUUUUUAACGCUUUUUAGGCUCAGGCUACUAAUCCUGCUGAGUCUGAAUCAUAGAUUCGGUUGAUUCUGGUUUAGGGAUUUUACUAUCUAUAAUUAUGUCUUGUCCUAUUCUGACGGCAUUCCCACGCUGUCCACCAGAGGGGUUUAAUGACUAUGUUAAACGUGCCUACACCAUGUGACUUUUUAUGAUAGGGACAUUUUACUGUAACAGAAUACAGCAGACGUGAAUAGAGUUGUAUAUUUGAACUAUUCCAGCAGGUUGUGCGUUUUGUUUUCUGAAUGAUGUUUGAUUUUUGUAGCUCCAGACAUGGGGUCUACAUCAAACACUAGAUUUAUUUUCUUUCCAGAAUGUGUGAAUCUUGCAUAAAAAUAAAAGGUAUGUCCCAAAUCGCACAACUACUUUGGUACUAUUCUACACCAUUGUGUAUAAAUAGAGUGAGUCGUGAAAUAUUCAAGAAAAAGAAAUGCACUUCAAAUACUUGGUUGAGUCACUUAUUCCAGUGUGGAAUGUUGAACACUUUGUGCACUUGACACCCGCCGCUUUUGCUUAAGUAGCGAAAGAGUGGUGGAGGCUACACGGAGUUGAUGCUAGACAUCUUACAAGAAGUCUCUGUUAAAUUAGCUCACUCUGCGUAAAGAAUCUUUCAGAAUUUUUAAAAAAUAUUCUGCAAAAACCAGCCGUGUCACAUUACGUGACUUUAAAAAAAGGCAACAUGUUUAAUAAACAGUGUUCCAUUUGAGACGGUGCAACUCUCAUAAUCUCCAGACACUAGAGACUAGAGCAGGGGCGCCACUAAGGGGGGAACAGUUAGUACGAUUCUAAGGGCCCACGUACUUUUGGGGCCCCCAGAGGCUUGUAUGUUUGUUGCGAAAUGGGUGUUAGGGGGCCCAGUCUCAUUUUCUUUCAUAGGGCCCAAAAUUGCUAGUGGCGCCUCUGGACGAGUAGUGUACAUACGGCAUUGUUUAAGUAAAUAGUGUAUAGGGUAGGAUGUCAUUUGGAACGCAGCUAGAGUCAGGACCAGGCCGAGGCUCUACAGAGGGGAAAGAUAUUCUCAACACGCACACAUUUGGCCAGUAAUGUUAAAAGAAAAAGAAAAAAAAAUCUAUUUUUGUACCCUUUAGAAACCUACAAGUGUUUUGAGUGUUUAUUAUUAUUAUUAUUAUUAUUUUUUUUUUUGCAAUUUGCCUAUGUAACAAUUCUGAAAUAUUAAUCGAUUAGCCUGUCUGGUUUUCAUUUUAACUCCCUGAUUAAUUUAUAAAGGACAAAUGAUUGCAAGUGACUGAAAUGUUUGAUGUGUAGUAAAUAAUGUGCCUAUAAUUCUGGGAUUUUUUUUUUUUCAUUUUUACUAGAAACUAAACUCUCUGGGCAAUCAGUUUUUAAUAUUUUUUUUCCAGUUGUAUUGAUAAAAAGAUUUCUAUGCAAA